UCAGAUUGACUGGAAUCUUCCAUCGAACUGAGAUUUAUCCAACCUAACGUGAACGACAAUACGUUUUUCGGCGUGUAAAUUGUUUAACGCGUAGUUAUCCUCUUAUCAGAUUUACGGAAUCAGUGUUUCAAGGCGUUUUUGGUUUCUGUCGUAUCAAAAUUCGGGUAACUUUUUUUUUGUCCCACCAAGUGUUUGUGACCAACUUUGUCUGUGUAAAACAAGCGAUAUUUCCCUUUUUUAUUUUUAAUGGUAACCAACAAUCUAUGCAAAAUUUGUUUGAGACAUAGGCGAAAUUUUUGAGUCGAUUUGAAUAAAGCCUGUAGCAUUCUGCUGGGGAGAUAUUUUGCAUCAGAACAGGAUAUUUGUGUUACUUUUUCAUCGACUUAUUGAGGUAUUAUUGAGAUAUCGGGACAAAAAAGGUAUAAGUUUUGGAUCAUUUCAGUGCAAAAGAGGAUUAUGGAAUAAAAUAUGGUGUCAAGACUAUGAAUUCUCAUUGCGGACCAACUCCGAACGGCGAGCACAUUCCUCUUCCCUGGCAUUUGGGACCACCCCCGUCGGCUAUAAACGGAUCAGGAGGUGUGCAUGUGCACGGACAUAGUCACGGACAGGCGCACGGACACGGAGGAGGGUUGGAGAUGAACGGAGGCGGCGGUGGAGCCGCUGGUCACUGCGCGGAUCUGUCCUACGGAGCAGCUCUCUGGGAGCAUCAUGGCGGCGCACCUACCCCUUAUCGACCGGAUCUCCUCGCAUUCUCCCCGGAGCUCUGGGCCGCCUCGGCACCCUCCAUCCCCCAAAACAGAACCCCCUGCGUCCUCCAGCAAAGGUUCGGUCCUAAAUCAGCAGCUUCCUCUACCUCGUGCUCCUCGAUCCUGUCGAACAGUUCUCUGAAGAAGACGCGGCGACGGGUGGCGACCCUGGCCCAACGACGAGCCGCCAACAUUCGAGAGAGGAGGCGCAUGUUCAACCUCAACGAGGCGUUCGACAAGCUCAGACGCAAGGUGCCCACCUUCGCGUACGAGAAGCGGCUGUCCCGGAUAGAGACCCUCCGGCUAGCCAUCACGUACAUCACCUUCAUGUCGGAACUCCUCAACGGCACUUGCAAAACUACCGAAAGCGUCAGGGGAACUCCUCCGCUGUAUCAAGGCCCCGGGCAGAGGGAGUACAUGCCGUACUCGCUCAUAUCCUAGUCGAUCGAAUGAUCCGAUUUCGAGGGCGAAUGGACCACUAGACAAGGUACGAAUUUCAGCAUUCUGAUACAUGUUUUGAAACUAAAAUUUCACGUAGAACACGAUGCGCACAUAGAAAAUUACC